AUGGUUAGAACGACGGUGAUGCAGGCGCGCUACGAUUCGCCCAUUAGUGCCAUAUCCUCCAUUUGCACAUGCGAAAGCUGCAUCAACGACUACCUGUACGUGUACGAGAAGAGGAAUGUGGCCGGUCUGCUCUCGUUGCCCGUCUCCUCGGCCGAGGUGAGCAAGGAGGUGGGUGAAGACUUCUACUUCUGGCUGCAGCAGAAUAUUCACAUAGUGUGGAUCGGGACGUUUUACCGCCUCUUCGUCUAUCCCACCAAUCUGGCCUGGCGCCUCCAACCCUUCGAUUCGCCCUCCGAGGUGCCUUCCAACAACUGUAUUUGGGGCGUCACUGAGUCGGCGAAAGUUCGCUUCACCUGCACUGAUUGCAGGAAGGUGUGGACCUCGAUAUCCGCCCUGGCCUCUUUUGCCCUCUGUGUGGAGCUGGAGGGAGGUCAGCCUAGGUGGAACCUCUGGUUCUCCCUCCACGGUCAGACCUGUUCCAAUUGUGUCGCUCUCGGUUGCGCGCCCAAGCCUCACUACGGCACGUGGUACCCCCACGAGGUGUUCCGGGUGAUGAAGAACGUUCACUGCAAAAUCGAAAAAGAAGUGCUCUCCCAGAUGAAAAAUUAG